AUGGAUUCCAAGAAAGCCACCCCACUCCUCUUUCUUUACAUCAACCUCAUCAUGCUCUUUGCUUUAUCAAGUGGCUGUAGUAACAAGGGUUGUACCAACAGCCCAAGCCCAAGCCCAAAACUGAGCCCAAAUCCAAGCCCUAGCCCUAGCCCUAGCCCUAGCCCAUCAAAGGGCAACUGCCCAAGAGAUGCCCUGAAGCUAGGCAUAUGUGCCAAGCUGCUACACGGCACAAUUGGGGCCAUAAUCCAUGGCCCACCGAACCACCAAUGCUGCUCGGUCCUUCACGGGCUUUCGGAUCUCGAGGCUGCCGUUUGCCUUUGCACGGCCUUGAAAGCCAAUGUUAUGGGCACCCACCUCAAAAUUACACCUUCCUUGACCUUGCUCCUCAACAAAUGUGGCAAGACCCGCCCUAAGGAUUUCGUUUGCGACUAA